AUGACACUCUCCUCCUUCCAUCUACUCAUAUCACCACCAAUGGAAGACCCUCUCCCGCUGUUUCCAGCGCUCAGACGUGACUUGAUCGGCAAUCAUGAAAACAAAUUGCGCUUGAUGAACUCUGCAGAGUUGGUUCUGCUCUUUACCGUAUUGGGUGAUCCCAAGCGUCAUAGCCCCGCCACAAUAGCCGCCGCUGCUGCCAUCCUCAACACCCUCAUCUCAUACUACGUGUUCUUGCAUAACGAAGCAGUGGACCGGUACCUGAUUCUCCAGGAUACGCUCACAAAGGACAGUUUGGCCCACUUCUGGCGUCAAAUGAUGGACAGCAAUGUAGUGGGCAUCUUGCUCCAUAUCAGCUUUAUCCAUACGAACCUCAUUGAAACAAAUUUUGCGUCCAUUUUGACGCUCUUGCGGUUUAAACGAACGGCAGUACUUGAUAUCCCCACCCGACUGACCCAGUCCCUUCUCCAAAUCAUCCACACCACCCUUACCCCAGUUGCUGACCAGAUUGAUACCCCCCACCGGUCCCGGUCCCCUACUUCCCUUAUCCUCAAUACCCUUAGCCUAACAACCUACCUUUCUAACAACAACCUCGACCAGCAGCUGGUGCUUUUCCCGACACUCCUACGCGCGCUCUGCGCCGAGACGCGCCCCAUCUUUGCGGUGCUCCGCGCGCAGUACAGCACCGCCUACUACAACACGUUUCUCACGUCGCACAACACACCGGAGUACUUACACACACCGCAGAACAGCUCGCUCCUCUGCCGGUUGCUCGCGGCUGCUGCACACCUUCUUGCAGGCGCUCCGGCACUCGCGCGCCACGCCGUUGCAGCGCGUCUCCACGCGGUGCCGCGGCCGCUCUUGUUUGUUGUCUUCUCGUUGAUCCGCCACCGCGACAUGGAGCUCCGGCUCGUAGCUAGUCACUUUGUUAUUGUCUACACCAACAACUUGGACCAGGCCGAGUCCCCUGAGGUGGCGGUAACUCACGAGAAGUUGGUGCCGGUGUUGACUGAUGCCAUCGACAGCUACUACGCGGGGCCACGUCGCACGGAACUCACGCCGCUUGGCUUGCUCAACAGUCUCGCGCGGCUGGAGGAUGCGUAUACGCUCACGCUGUCAAAGUAUGGGCUCAUCUCUAAGCUUGAGUGGAUCAUCACCGCAUGCUACGCGGUGGUGGAGGGCUCGACAAAGACACCUGCAUACAGCAAGGGUGACGCGUUCCGUCACCUUAGUGACUGCUUCCAGCUCCUCGCAACGCUCUGUACGACGAACGAGGAACACCGCAUGGAAACGGUCAAGAUCGCGGGCCCCGACGGUGCCGUCUCGAACCAAAAAGACUUGAAGCAUAUUCUUAAGCGAAUUCUCCGGCUUCACUUGGAGAACUUGCGGGCAGUCCAGGCGGGCAAAUGGGGCGAUUCGGUGCACUCCGACACUCUUCUUGCGACAUGCGAGCUUACGCUUCACGCCGUGGGGUUGCUCAAGGCGCUCUCACGGUCGGUGUCGUUGCUCCGCACGUUUUUUGUGGACUUGGACGUGUGCGGGAUAGUUGUGGAGGUGCUUAAGAUGGAUCUUCAAACGAAGUUGGCCACCGUGCGUAAUGAGCUGCUUAUUUCCGAGGGGAAGCUGUUCGCAGAGCGUGGUCAGGCAUCCGAGGGCUUCAUAGACGGGGAGAAAACUUGCAAAGCUGAAAAUGGCACCAUAGAGACUGAGAGUAUCACCACUGGUUUCCCCUGGGGUCAGGACCACCCAGAUGGCUUCUCUUCCGUUCCAUUCCACAUUCUCGAACGCAACAAGGAAGCUGCGUUGCUCAUCAAGAAUGAUGCGCUCAUCAAAUCAGUGCUUCUCGGGUUUGUGGCAAACUCCGUAUUGGACUACUCGUCUAUCCGAGUUACGCUCCUCAGCCUUGAUAUCUUCAACCUCCUCAACGAGUUUGUCAAGAAAGCCAUAGCAGUGUCAGAAUCUGCAUGCACGCGCUACGGAAUGGCGGAGGAUGAGUUUCGCGGUUUAAACGAGGUGUACAAAUUGAACUCGUUGUCUGCCAUCGGCAAUAUCCUCUAUAAUGAAAACUCCACAAACUCCAUCAACACAUCGCCCAUGGGCUCUGCUGGCAGGCGGCCGUCUAUCGGCUCCGUCAGCAUCAACAGCCGCGCGCACCGGGACACUAUCGCGAAUAAGGUGAAUCUUCAUAUGAUUUUUAAGCUCUGUGACCAGCCGCGGAGCCUCCAGGUGCAAGAGCAGGCGUUUAAUAUUCUUCGGAAUCUCUCGAGUAAUUCACCAGUGUUUGCGGCUAGGAUUGUCCAGUCAUACAGGGCGUAUCCCCAAGGGAAAGGGACUUUCUUGGAGUUUUGCACGAGAAAGAUGCAAGAGCAUCUUGGGGAGUCACAGGCACAACCCCUGGCAGCCGACCCCGUUCAUUCGCGCAUAAUCGUGGCUAUCACCUUCCUCAUGGUCCACUUCGCAGCGUCCAGUGACCAAAUGCAGAACAGCAUUGUGCAGUACGAGCCGCUCAUGCGGGCCCUCCGUGACAUUCUCUCAGCCGGCGGUGCUGAAGCGAAGCUCGCAGUCGUAUGGGUUGUCAUAAACCUCACCUGGAACGAGAACCCCACCAUCAGCAAUCGCUCGCCGUCUGUGGGUAACGUGUUGCAGGAUGACGACGAGAUGGACGGGAAGGAUGAGGAUUGCUACACGUCCGAGGAGGGCGGCGAUGACGGGUUUGCGCCGCAAUUUCUGCGCCCGUUGAACUCGCGCACGUUGCGUGCGCGCUGUCUGAAGUUGGUUCUGUAUGGUUUCGAUGCGGGAAUUGAUGCGUUGGCCAGCGGGUUCGUUUCGCGUAACGGUGGGGUCUCCAUUGAUCUACAUGGGCGCAGCAAGGUUGCGUUGGCGCAGCUUAAGCUGGGUCUCGGUCCAGAAAGGGGGUUGAGAUAG